UGAAAAACUACAAACAUAAAAACAUGAAAAAUUCGUGUUUAAUUUUCGCCGUUUUUGGCGUGUUUCUGACACUAUAUUUUUCUGUAAGUAAUGGCACAGAAAGAACUGAACCUAGCAAAGAUGAUGGUGGUAUAAAAAUGGAUCAUUAUGUACAUUAUGAGGAAUUAACGAAGCUAUUAAAACGGCUUACCGACAAGUACGCGUCCAUAUCUAAACUACAUUCUAUUGGAAAGUCCGUGCAAGGCAGAGAUCUUUGGGCAGUACAAAUCACAGACAAGAUCAACGAAGUCGAGCCCGGAGAACCGAUGUUUAAAUACGUCGGAAAUAUGCAUGGCAAUGAAGCUAUAGGCAGACAAGUUUUGAUUUACUUGAUAGAAUAUUUGUUAAAAAAUUAUAAACACCAACCACGCGUGACAAAGUUAAUUGAUACUACCAACAUAUACAUAAUGCCAAGUAUGAAUCCAGAUGGUUUUGAAGCUGCAAGCGAAGGCGACUGCGCUGGAAUUCAAGGUCGGCCAAAUGCAAACGGCAAGGAUUUAAAUCGCAAUUUCCCAGAUCAGUUCAACAAUUGGGCAACCUACAACAUCGAACACGAUGCACAGCCGGAAACCAGGGCGAUUAUUAAUUGGGUUCGUAAUAGUCGUUUUGUACUCUCGGCAAAUUUACAUGGCGGGUCGUUAGUUGCGAGUUAUCCGUUUGAUAGCAAUUCUGUACAUAUAGCACAGGACGUUGCUAGUCCAACCCCGGACAAUUCCGUAUUCCGGCAUCUUGCCACCGUGUAUGCAACAAAACACAGGACCAUGAGUAAAGGUGACCCUACUUGUCACGAACAUUUUCCAGGCGGGAUAACGAACGGCGCAAAAUGGUAUGAUGUCCCAGGAGGAAUGGAAGAUAUCAAUUACUUACUUAGUAAUUGCUUUGAGAUCACUCUGGAGUUGUCGUGUUGUAAAUACCCUACCGCUAAUCACUUGGAGCAAGAAUGGGCGAAAAACAAAGAGGCAUUGUUGUCGUACAUCGAAGAAACGCACAAUGGGGUUCAUGGUUUUGUGAAAGAUCAAAAUGGGAAACCUAUUUUGGAUGCUGUUGUUCAUGUUCAAGGCAUCAAGCAUAAUGUUACAACAGCGAAAAAUGGGGACUUUUGGCGGUUACUUGUCCCAGGGGAUUAUCAGGUUUAUGCCUGCGCUAAAGGGCAUCGCUGCGUUAUGAAAAAGAUAAAUGUGCCAAAAACUGGACAUGUGAAUGUCGAGUUUCAGCUACCAGUUGAUGAAAAUGCAAAUCCAAUCGAAGAUCUACUAUUAAGAAUGAGACGCGAUUUGAGCAACUCGUUUAGUCCACUAACGACAUCCCCGAUGCAUUACUUAACUGAUUCAACCCUUGGAUACAUUCCUUUCAGUGCUAACGACCUUAAAGAUGUUUUCUCAAAAUGGAGUAAGCCAUUGACUUUUAUUCAUCAUAAUUAUGAUCAAAUGACCACAUUUUUACAAAAUUAUGCCAAGGGCUUUCCAGAAAUUACUAAGCUAUAUACCAUUGGAAAAUCUGUCGAAGGGCGCGAGCUGUGGGUUUUGGAAAUAUCUGAUAACCCCGGCAAGCAUGAACCCGGCGAGCCAGAAUUUAAAUAUGUUGGAAAUAUGCAUGGUAACGAAGUGGUUGGUCGCGAAAUGUUGCUUUUGUUGAUCAAAGUUUUGUGUGUAAAUUACAAGUCAUAUCCCCAGAUCGGAGCCAUCGUUAAAAACACAAGAAUUCACAUCAUGCCUUCUAUGAACCCAGAUGGCUAUGAACAAGCAAUUAUUGGAGAUGACCGCGCUGGACGAGAGAAUGUGCAUAAUGUUGACUUGAAUCGAGACUUUCCUGACAGGUAAUUCACCCAUUGAGUAACAGCACAAUUUAUCUCCUUGACAAGUAAAAUCAUCUGGCAUUAGACAGUAUAAAUUGAUAAAGUACAUGUACAUUGGUACUUAGGGGCUGUUUAUAUGGAGGCGAUUUUUGGGCGGGCUGACUCGCCAAAACAAACCACUGGUCCCACCGCAAUAAAUAGUAUAGUAUAAAUAUAUUUUUUCCCAAAUCUGAAUUUUGUUGUUGUCCAGGUCAGUUUUAGCAUCGAGAUUGUAACGUGUAUCCCCUUAUUUUUCUGGAUUUAGACUUUUUGAGAGACUGUUUUUAUGGCAAUUGGGCUGUUGCCAUGCCCUCCCCUUGGCUACGCCACUGUCUGUUGGGCAUUUCACUCUAUACAAAACAUUGUAUUAUCAACCUUGUAACAUUCUUGUUAUGUUAUGUUAUGUUAUGACAGUAUCAGACUUGUUAGAACAACCUUGUAAUAUUAACAGCUUGUUCCAAACUAGUUACAACAACUGGGAACAAGCAGGCGGACACAACUUGUUUCCAGACCUGUAAAAACUUGUGUAUUUUUAUGUGUGUAAGUGAUGGGGGUAUAAAUGUAAUUAUUAUUAUUACAGGUUUGACUCGGAUGCUGAAAUACGCUCAAAGAUACGACAACCCGAAACCCUUGCCCUCAUAAAGUGGAUAACGUCCAACCCUUUUGUUUUAUCGGCUAAUCUUCAUGGUGGCUCUCUUGUUGCAAACUACCCUUACGACAAUACGCCAGACGGACAAGUUGCAUACAGUAAGAGCCCGGACGAUGCAUUAUUCAGGGAGCUAGCAUUAACAUACUCUAACGCUCACCCCGUGAUGAAUCAUGCAAAAUCCUGCCCAGGUUAUUCGGACGAGAUUUUUGAAAAGGGUAUAACCAAUGGUGCAAAGUGGUAUGUUGUCAAUGGUGGCAUGCAAGACUUCAAUUACCUACACAGCAACUGCUUUGAGAUUACAGUCGAAAUGGGUUGCACAAAAUUCCCAAAGGCAGACAGACUUCACUCUUACUGGGACGCCCAUAAACUACCCCUGAUUUUAUUCAUGACGCAAGUCCACAAGGGUGUGCGAGGAUUUGUGAUGUCGGAUGAUGGUAAGCUUUUAAAGCGUGCGGUCAUCACCGUAUCCGGUAUCAACCACAUGGUAUAUACUGCCGACGAUGGCGAUUACUGGCGCCUACUUCUCCCAGGGACGUACAACAUCAUGGCUGCUGCAGAUGGGUAUGAUUCCGAAAAGAAAGAAAUCAUUGUGCCACACGGACUGGCGUUGGUUGUAAAUUUCACUCUUAAAGCUACAAAGAAGAAGCCCACAUUAUCCCAAAUUUUACCACAUGUUGUUGGCAAACCACAUAGUGAUGGUCAAAAAGAAGAUGUUCAUACCCUGCAGUCGACGAAGCAACCAAUUACCAUAAAACCUCAAUAUAUAUCUGGUAAGUUGGAGUCUCCUUUCUAGGCUGACUACAUGCCUGUGCCCGGUUGUUCAAAAGGCGAUUAGCUUAGCCCCAGGUUAUAAUCGUGAACUGUCUGUUCCAGUGUAGAUAGUCCCAAUAAUAACAAGUUAUAAGGAGAAUUUUGAAGGCCCUUCAUCGGGAGUUAGUAACAGAGUUGGAGGUGUGGAAAUUUUCCCGACCGCCGCUCGAACCAAGAGCUGUUCACUCAAAACGUCGAAAUUCUCCUUAUAUUUUUCGGGUAGUUUCAUUCCUACCAACGAAAGCUUGUUAGCCCUAGGUUAACCUAAAAUUCAAAGCAAAAUUCCUGACAGCUUGCAUUGCUUGUCUAUAAAUUUGGAAAUGUUUUUCUUCAGAGAUCUUGUCUGGAUUGAUAGGAGUUUACUACUAGUUAGGAAGUUUUGAAAUAAACAGAAUUGUUUGAAUUCCUAGGUUUUGCAAGCUGGUCUCACCACAACUACAAACAAAUGAUUGCCUUCUUUGAAAACUUCUCCCAAGCAUACUCAGAUAUCACUUCACAAACAUCGAUUGGCGAGAGUAUAGAGGGCCGAAAGAUCUACUCUUUUGAAGUUUCCGAAGAUGCUGGUAUCCCCAAGGAAGGUAGGCAUCAA